CAGUGUUCGCUCUCUCUUUUUUUACUGCAACAAUGGGCAAGCCUAGGGGCCUCCGCACAGGUCGCAAGCUGUUGAACGACCGCCGUGAGUCGCUGUGGGCUGACAAGUUCCUCAAGAAGAAGAUGCUCGGCACGAUUUUCAAGCACUCCCCCUUCGGUGGCUCGUCCCACGCCAAGGGCAUCGUGCUCGAGAAGGUCGGCGUUGAGUCCAAGCAGCCUAACUCUGCCAUCCGCAAGUGCGUCCGUGUCCAGCUCAUCAAGAACGCCAAGAAGGUCACCGCUUUCGUCCCCAACGACGGUUGCCUCAACUUUAUUGAGGAGAACGACGAGGUCCUCGUUGCCGGUUUCGGUCGCUCUGGCCACGCCGUCGGUGAUAUUCCCGGUGUCCGCUUCAAGAUUGUCAAGGUUGCCAACGUCGCCCUUCUCUCGCUCUUCUCUGGCAAGAAGGAGAAGCCGCGUUCUUAAGCAGCUUUCAGCUUAAACCAAAGUGUGCCCCAUUGUAUACAGUUUGUCGAGUGCGUUUUGUUUCCCCCCUCCCAACCACAUAUCGCGCGUGCCUGCAGAUAACUGUAUAUGCUCUAUUGAAAUGAAGCUCCUGCGGGCGUUUUUGACAGACUUGACUGACAAAUAUUUUCUGUCCUUGUU